GGCGCAGGCUCAGCCACAGCCACCCACGCCCACCCUCCUCAUCUCUUUCAUGUUGUUUUUGUAUGUUUAAUCCACAGACAACAACAGAAAAAGAGAAGUUGUAAAUAAAACUAGAGCAGGAGCAAAAUGUUGCGAUCUCGCUCUACAUCGGUAGUUCGCACCCUAUCGUUCGCCACUAAGCUUAGACCCUUCUCAUCCACGGUCGAUUCAUCUACCACCAAACCCGAGUUUCCGCCCACCCUCGCAGGUCUCCGGGCCCGCCUCGCCGCUGAAUCUCCCACCCUCUCCGAUUUCGUCGGUCUCCAAAGCAAUAAUCUCUAUUCCGUUGAAGUUGGGACUAAGAAAAAACCGCUCCCUAAGCCCAAAUGGAUGAGGGAAUCCAUUCCCGGCGGCGAAAAAUACGUUCAGAUUAAAACCAAAUUAAGGGAAUUAAAGCUCCACACUGUCUGCGAAGAAGCUAGAUGUCCCAAUCUCGGCGAGUGCUGGUCGGGUGGCGAGACUGGGACCGCCACUGCCACCAUAAUGAUAUUGGGUGAUACUUGUACUCGUGGUUGCAGGUUUUGUAACGUAAAGACAUCGCGAACGCCGCCUCCGCCAGAUCCCGAUGAACCAAGGAAUGUUGCGGAGGCAAUUGCAUCGUGGGGUUUGGAUUACGUGGUGAUUACAAGCGUGGACCGGGAUGAUUUGGCUGAUCAAGGAAGUGGGCAUUUUGCGGAAACGGUUGAGAAGUUGAAAACUUUGAAGCCUAAAAUGCUUAUAGAAGCCUUAGUUCCUGAUUUCCGUGGAGAUUCCGGCUGUGUAGAGAAAGUUGCAAAAUCUGGGUUGGAUGUCUUUGCUCACAAUAUUGAGACUGUUGAAGAACUUCAAAGGAAUGUACGUGAUCACCGAGCUAAUUUUAAGCAAUCAUUGGAUGUUCUAACGAUGGCCAAAGAGUAUGCUCCUGCUGGAACACUUACCAAGACUUCAAUAAUGUUAGGAUGUGGAGAAACGCCUGAUCAAGUUCUGAAAACAAUGGAGAAAGUUUCAGCAGCAGGUGUUGAUGUGAUGACAUUUGGUCAGUAUAUGAGACCAUCAAAGCGCCACAUGCCCGUAUCAGAAUACAUUACACCUGAAGCCUUUGAGAAAUAUAGAGCCCUUGGCAUGGAAAUGGGUUUUCGAUAUGUGGCAUCCGGUCCCAUGGUCAGGUCAUCUUACAAGGCAGGAGAAUUCUACAUCAAAUCUAUGAUAGAAUCUGAUCGUGCUGCUGUUUCUUCAUAACUCCUUUUUCUCCUCGUACCUAUGUUAUUCCUUUUUUCUUCCGGAUCAUAAAUUGGUAGGGGGCUGGCAUUCAAUGGUUGGGUGCUCCAAUCGUUGCAGUAUGUGGUACCAUUCUGAUUGAACUUUGUAUUGUAAUUGUUCUUGUAAUUAUAUAUAAGCUACAAUAUGGUGCUUUAUGCAUUA